UAAGACGGUGGGUUGUUCUUUACGAGCUACAUCGGGAAGUGAAGCGCCACUCGUCGCUCUCCGGCGACCACAUCGCCUCUUGUCUGCUUCGUCGGUGGCAGUGGCGUUGCCGGCCGAAGCUUAUUUUAUCCACUUGCUUGCGAAGACUCCCCUUCUGUUUCCACCCUCGGUUCCUUCUACCUCACACUUCUCCCACUUUUCCGCCACUUGCUUCGAACCUCGCAUCGCAUCUUAUCGCUCCCUUUUCGCUGGCCUCUACUCGUCGCGCUCUGUUCUGGUGCCAUCUUCUAGUCCCCAUUUCGCCUCUUUCGCCCUCUAGCUUCGGCCAUUUGGUUUUGCUCGAUUCGAGGUCGAGUUUGGAUUUUUUGUGUGAUGGCGGUGGAGUACCACUGCUGCGAGCCCAACUUCUUCAUCAACAUACUGAUCAUCGUCUUUCUGGUGCUCUUCGCGGGACUCAUGUCCGGCCUCACCCUCGGCUUGAUGUCGCUCAGCCUCGUCGACCUCGAGGUCCUCUCCAAGUCCGGUUCUCCCCAGGAUCGCAAGCAUGCGGCAAAGAUAUUGCCAGUUGUAAGGAGACAACAUUUGUUGCUAUGUACACUUUUGAUCUGCAAUGCUGCAGCCAUGGAAGCGCUCCCUAUAUUCCUAGACAGUUUGGUUACUGCAUGGGGUGCGAUCUUGAUUUCAGUGACAUUGAUACUCCUGUUUGGUGAGAUCAUCCCUCAAUCGAUUUGUUCUCGGUAUGGUCUAGCCAUCGGAGCAGCAGUUGUGCCAGUAGUUCGUUUACUUGUGUGGAUCUGCUUUCCAGUGGCAUAUCCGAUUAGCAAAUUUUUGGACUUCAUGUUAGGAGAUGAACACAUGGCUCUCUUCCGUAGAGCUGAACUGAAAACUCUUGUUAAUUUGCAUGGAAAUGCGGCUGGAAAAGGUGGAGAGUUAACUCACGACGAAACCACAAUCAUUGCAGGGGCAUUGGAACUUACAGAGAAGAAGGCUAAGGAUGCCAUGACUCCUAUAUCUCAAACUUUUGCAAUUGAUAUCAAUGCAAAACUUGAUAGGGUUUUGAUGAAUCAAAUUAUGGAGAGAGGGCAUAGUAGAGUUCCGGUAUGCCACGGGAAACCGACUAAUAUAAUUGGACUCAUACUGGUAAAGAAUUUGUUGUCUAUACAUCCAGACGACGAAGUGCCUGUUAAAAAUGUUACAAUUAGGAAGAUUCCAAGGGUUCAUGAAAACAUGCCUCUGUAUGAUAUCUUGAAUGACUUCCAAAAGGGUCAUAGUCACAUGGCAGUGGUUACGAAGCAAAUAAUGGUAGAGCAACAAAGCAACAGCAAAAAUGAUGUGAGAGUUGACAUAGAUGGUGAUAAGCCUAGCGAGAAAAGUUCAAUAGGAGCUGCCAACCCGAUUUGCCGGCUGAAGAGCUAUCCUCCGAAUUCGAAAUCGAACCGAGGUGGCAGUAGGAAUCGGAAAUGGUCACGUGAUGGCACUGCCGAUGUUUUGCAGAUUGACGACAAACCUCUGCCAGGAUUGAACGAGGAAGAAGCUAUUGGGAUAAUCACAAUGGAGGAUGUCAUUGAGGAACUAUUACAGGAGGAGAUUUUUGACGAGACAGAUCAUCAAGAAGAGAAUGUGUAGAGAAAUCAAAGGAUCAAAUGUUCAUCCUAUGUCAGUCCAAAAUGAGCUUUGAAAUUUCACUCUUUGUUUUUCAAUGUUACUUUGUACAUGUGCCCUAGGUUGUUGCUUGUUGCUUGAACAUUAGUAAAUGACACUAAGUUGGCUUGCAAUAUGUAUCCUUACAAAAAGUACUUGAGCUGAUGCACAUCGCAUCCUUGAUACGUGCAACUUGAAGACAAUCAUUGCCUA